AACGAGGGGACGGAGCCUCCUCAUAACUGUCCUCAGGUUAUAAACAUCAUCAUUUGGUUACCAUGGCGACAGCUAAGUGAACAAUGACUCAGUAACCAUGAUGACCAAAGAUUGAAAGAACUGCUGCUGGUCAUGUUGGACCUCCUGACGGACUUCCUGUUUGAUUGAAGGUCCGCCAUGUCCCCCCCACUCCUCCCCGGGCUACUCCUCCUGCUGUCCCCCCUCCUCCUGCUGUCCCCCCCGGCCCUCACUCAGUUUGAUGUGUGUCGCUCUCUGCGGGCCUCGGAGGGGGGGGCGGGCUGGGAGCGGUUCCCAUGUCAGCCCCCCCCUACCAACAUGAAGGAGGUGAUGCAGAUCAGAGUUGACCCCCCCGGCAUCACCUGUGGAAACCCCCCCGAGAGAUUCUGCACGCUGGAGAAUCCAUACCUGUGCAGUGAUGAAUGCGACGCCUCCAGCCCUGACCUGUCUCACCCCCCCCAGCUGAUGGGCGACAGGGAGCGUGGGGGGCUUGUCACCUAUUGGCAGACGGUCACAUGGUCCAGGUUUCCUGAACCGCUAUUGGCCAACAUCACCUUGUCCUGGAACAAGAGCCUGGAGAUGGUGGACGACGUUGUGGUGACUUUCGAGUAUGGGAGGCCAACCAUCAUGGUGCUGGAGAAGUCCACUGACAGAGGUGUGUCCUGGCAGCCGUACCAGUUCUACGCUGACGACUGCCUCGAAGCCUUUGGCAUGGUGCCCAAACGCGUCGCAGAUUUAGCACCAAGCAACAUCACCCGGGUCAUUUGCACCGAGCAGUACUCACAGUGGGUCGGAGCCAAGGAGGAGAAGCUGGUGGUGUUCGAGGUCCGUUCUCGUUUCGGGGUGUUUGCGGGUCCGAAGCUGAUCAACAUGGACGCCCUGUGGACGCGCAUGGAGACGAUGCAGGGCCUCAGAGAGUUCUUCAGCUUCACCAACCUGAGGCUGCGGCUGCUGCGCCCGGCGCUGGGAGGAACCUACGUACAGAGGGACAACCUGCUGAAGUACUUCUAUGCCGUGUCCAACAUCGAUGUACCUGCCAGGUGUGUGUGUAACCUGCAUGCGUCUCAGUGUAUGUUACGUGAUGCAACACUGCAGUGUGACUGCGACCACAACACGAGUGGACAGGACUGUCAGCGCUGCAGCCAGGGGUUUGAAUCACGCGGCUGGAGACCGGGGUCAUACCUGCCGCUGCCCAGAGGCACAGCCAACCCUUGUGAAGCAUCACAAACUGCAGCUAUGACUCCGCCCUCUGACUCCACCUCCUCACCAGACAACACAGACUCCACCCUCUCUGGCACUGGUACUACAUUACCUUCUGAUGGGCCUACAACAUCAACAGGAGUAACACCACCACUAACAACAACAGCAUCUAUCCCAGACAUUCUUUGGGGUAAAGAUGGUGCUUCAUCGGGAGUAACAUCAUCCAUUGGGUUGGAUCCAACCAAUCAGUUCAAAGGAGUUCCAACCACUCAACAAGCAGGAGAAACGUCUUCCCCUGAAGAACCUCCUUCUGAUGUACCUCCGGAUCAACCUUCUCUUAAUGAACCUUUCCCUGAUGUUACUCUUGGUCUACCAACCUUUGAUGUACCACCUCCUGAUAUAUCUCCUGAUAUACCUUCUGAUGUACCUGCUGAUAUAUUUACUGAUGCACCACUUCUUGAUGGGUCUCCUGAUUUACCAACCUUUGAUGUACCAUCUCCUGAUGUGCAAACUCUUGAUGGAACUCCCAAUGUAACAUCUCUUGAUGUUCCCCCUGUGGAUGUUCCUUCUCCGAAUGUCCCUCCAGAAGUGCCCUCCUCUAGGACUCAAGAUAUGAUGAUAAAUGCACCUUCCCCUGAUGUAUCAACUCUUGAUGUUCCUUCUCCUGAUCUACCUCCUACAGAUGUAACACUUCCUGAUGUACUUCCUCCAGAUGUACCUUCUGAUGAUGUACCUCCUGCAGAUGUAGCGUCUGAUAAUGUUCCUCCUCCGGAUUUACCUCCGCUGGAUAUACUGCCUCCUAACGCUCCUUUAGAAUCGUUGUUGCCUCCCUCCGAAGGAGGAGGUGAUGCUGCACUAGAACCAAGCUCCCCCAUCACAGAGCCAUAUGACCCUGCAAGCGACUUGGCCCCAGUGGACUUCAGCUUUUCUCCUCCUAUUUCUGGACAAGGUUCUGGACCAGUGGCUGUGGAUGAUCCAGGGAACUUUCCAGAUGAUUAUCUUGUAUCUGUGGAUGAACCUGGAUCAAACCCAGUUGAUCCUGGAGUGGAUUCUGUUUCAGCAGGUCUAGAGACAAAGGAAGCCGGGGUUGGUGGAAUAGAAUCACUUGCACCAGAUUCCCUCGCAUCGGAUAACAUAAGUCCUGGUCCGGAUUCUAGAACUGAAUCUCCCAAAGCCAUAGCCGAUCUGGGAGGAGAUUCUUCGACUGCUCAGAUGGAAGGAAAGAAAGGAGGGGAUCCAGCUGCCGGUGGACCGACAGGAGGUCCAGAGUCAGAAGAGAAGAAAGACUCUGAAAAGGAUAAAUCCGCAGAGCAAAACCAGGAAAAAGUCACUGAGGCCAGAGAGGAAACAAAAGAGGAAACAAAAGAAGGAAAGGAGAGGAAGGAAAUAAAAGAGGACGCAAAAGAGGAGAAAGUCUACGAGACCAAAGCGACCCAGAAGAUUCUGAUCCCAGGAGGACCCAGGUUUAGCCAGCUGUCCAAAAUUGCCUACGUCACGUUCCAGGGUAAGACAACCAGACCCCCCUUUAAGGAGAACCCUUCCUUUUAGAAAUGCUAAAGAGACGCCUUCCCUCUCAAGAAACCACUCCCUGUCUCUCACCUGUCGGUCUUCCACUGUCUGUCUGUCUGUCUGUCU